AAGUCUGCAGCCUGGAACCAUGGAUAAGGCCAAUUCUUCAGUGGUGCCUGAGUUUGUACUGUUGGGACUCUGUAGUUCUCAAAAACUCCAGCUUUUCUAUUUUUUUUUCUUCUCUAUGUUGUAUAUGGUCAUUGUGCUGGGAAAUCUUCUCAUUAUCCUCACAGUGACUUUUGAUACCAGCUUGCACUCCCCUAUGUACUUUCUCUUGGGAAACCUUUCCUUUAUUGACAUUUGUCAGGCUUCUUUUGCUACCCCUAAGAUGAUUGCAGAUUUUCUGAGUGAACACAAGACCAUAUCUUUCAGUGGCUGCAUAGCCCAAAUUUUCUUCAUUCACCUUUUUACUGGAGGGGAGAUGGUGCUACUUGUUUCGAUGGCCUAUGACAGAUAUGUAGCAAUAUGCAAACCCUUAUACUAUGUGAUCAUCAUGAGCCGAAGGACAUGCACUGCCUUGGUAACGAUAUCCUGGGCUGUGGGCUUGGUGCACACAUUAAGCCAGUUAUCAUUUACUGCGAACUUGCCUUUUUGUGGACCUAAUGUAGUAGACAGCUUUUUUUGUGAUCUUCCUCGGGUGACCAAACUUGCCUGCUUGGACUCUAACAUCAUUGAAAUACUAAUUGUGGUCAAUAGUGGAGUUCUUUCUCUAAGCACUUUCUCUCUCUUGGUCAGCUCCUACAUCAUUAUUCUUGUCACGGUUUUGCUCAAGUCUUCAGCUGCAACGGCAAAGGCAUUUUCUACGCUGGCUUCCCAUAUUGCAGUAGUAAUAUUAUUCUUUGGACCUUGCAUCUUCAUCUAUGUAUGGCCCUUUACCAUCUAUCCUGUGGAUAAAUUACUUGGCAUAUUUUACACUGUUUUCACCCCCAUAUUAAACCCCAUUAUUUAUACACUAAGGAAUAGGGACAUGAAGGCUGCCAUAAGGAAAAUUGUGAACUAUUACCUGAGGCCAAGGAUAAUUUCUGAAAUGUCACUAGUAGUGAGAACUUCCCUUCAUUAAGACAAAAUUCCUUCAAAUUCCUCAGGUCAAUACUCUGUUUAAUAUUUUAAGCCUUUUUUGUGGUGUACCUCAAUUGUGGGG